GGUGACAGAGACAAAGUAUCUGACUGUAAACUUGUAAUAUAUUAUUUCAUCCGUUGUUCAGACUGGUGAGCGAGCGAAAUCAGAUCAGACAGCCCGGUUACAAACAGUCAGCUGAGUUUAAAAUAUUUAUACAAUGUUGCGCGUUUCGACAUAAUUUAAUUAAACAUGAAAGUAACAGUUUUCUCCUCUGAAAUAUCCAUGAGGGAUGCGGUCUUAUUUUAUAACUUAUAAAGCAGCGAAGUACUGCUACCUUUAUCGUCAUCUUGUAGCCAACGUCUUCUAGCAUAAAGGGAAGUAAUCUUCUAUCAGAAAGGGAAGUUCGGGUUACUGUUGGUUUUGUUUUAAAGUGACAGGAGAGACAGCACGCUGUAAAACAUUCAGAGCUGUAAAACAUUUAGCGCUGUAAAACAUUCAGAGCUGUAAAACAUUUAGCCCUGUAAAACAUUCAGCCCUGACCGAAUCGACGCGAUGAUUCCUGAAUGUCCCCGGAGCCGAACACUGUGUCACUAUGGCCAGGCAGCCGAACCAAACCAGAACCGUUGUGGACUACUUUCCGAAAUCAAAACUCCUAUCAAGAAUGAACCAUUCACUGACCACUACACCAUCAUUCCGGGCAAAGAGCUUGGCAGGGGGAAAUUUGCGGUGGUGAGGAAGUGUGUGGAGAAGUGCACGGGCCGGGCGUACGCCGCCAAGUUCAUGAGGAAGAGGAGGAAGGGCCAGGACUGCAGGCUGGAGAUCAUUCACGAGGUGGCCGUUCUGGAGCUCGCCACGGCCAGCCAGCGGGUGGUCAAUCUGCACCAGGUCUACGAGAUGGCCUCUGAGAUGGUGCUCGUCCUCCAGUUUGCGGCCGGAGGGGAGAUCUUUAACCAGUGUGUAGCGGAGAGGGACGAGGCCUUCAAAGAGGAGGACGUGAAGAGGCUGUUAAGACAGAUCCUAGAGGGAGUCUCCUUCCUCCACAGGAACAACGUGGUGCACCUGGACAUCAAGCCCCAGAACAUUCUGCUGACCUCCGAUGCUCCUCUGGGGGACAUCAAGAUCGUGGACUUUGGUCUGUCCAGGAUGGUGAGCAGCAGUCAGGAGCUCAGAGAGAUCAUGGGGACCCCGGAGUAUGUGGCUCCAGAAAUCCUGAAUUACGAACCGAUUAGCACUGCGACAGAUAUGUGGAGUAUUGGGGUGCUGACCUACGUGAUGCUGACGGGUACCUCUCCCUUCCUGGGGGAGGACAAGCAGGAGACCUUCCUCAACAUCUCCCAGAUCAACGUCAGCUACCAGGAGGAGGAGCUGGAGCAUCUAGACCAGGCCGCCAUCGCCUUCAUCAAGGUCCUGCUCAUCAAAGAACCCCAUAACCGUGCCACGGCAGAAGACUGCCUGCAGCACCAGUGGCUCCAGACAAAAGAGAAAAAGGAAGCAGAGGCGACAGUAGAGGUGAAAGGGACUAUCAGCCCCACCAAGUGCACCUCUGACCCAGACAGCCCCGAGAGCCCCAUCAGGGGGGAGGAGGAGGAGGAAGGCCCCGAAACGGAGGAGCUGAUCGUGGUGGCGGCGUACGCACUGGGCCACUGCCGCCAGUCAACAGACAAGGAGGUCAUGAACCCCGACCAGAAGGCCAUCUCCAAACGCUUCAAGUUCGAGGAGCCCUUCAGCGCCCUCCAAGAGGUUCCUGGGGAGUUCAUUUACUGAAGGAGACAGACACCCACCCACACACACACACACACACACACACACAUCUCAUCCUCUACACUAGGGGGUCCUGGAGAGCUUGUGGUGGUGCUGGGUCUCCCUCCUGCCAUUUACUGACACACCAGAUAAUUCAGACUGUCACGGCCCUGAUUAGUUGCUUAGUAGAAUCAGGUGCAUUAGUGAUGGGCUGGAGCCUGCACCACCCAGUAGUUCGCAAAAAUAACCUGGGUGGGAGAACUCCUGCUCUUACAUCUAGGAGAAAGCAGUUCAAAACAUUGCACUUACAAACCAGAAGAAACAUGUCACACUUUUCUAACCCACCUCAUGGUCUGAAUUCGUAAGCCAAACAGUUCUUUUUGGUCAAUUUUUCCCCGUAUAGAUCCUGUCGUUACCCCAGACUAAACCUUGUUGUAACGUUACUCCAGACUAAGCCUUGUUGUGACAUUACUCCAGACUAAGCCUUGUUGCGACAUUACUCCAGACUAAGCCUUGUUGUGACAUUACUCCAGACUAAGCCUUGUUGUAACGUUACUCCAGACUAAGCCUUGUUGUGACAUUACUCCAGACUAAGCCUUGUUGUGACAUUACUCCAGACUAAACCUUGUUGUAACGUUACUCCAGACUAAGCCUUGUUGUGACAUUACUCCAGACUAAGCCUUGUUGUGACAUUACUCCAGACUAAGCCUUGUUGUGACAUUACUCCAGACUAAGCCUUGUUGCGACAUUACUCCAGACUAAGCCUUGUUGCGACGUUACUCCAGACUAAGCCUUGUUGUGACAUUACUCCAGACUAAGCCUUGUUGUGACAUUACUCCAGACUAAGCCUUGUUGUGACAUUACUCCAGACUAAGCCUUGUUGCGACAUUACUCCAGACUAAGCCUUGUUGCGACGUUACUCCAGACUAAGCCUUGUUGUGACAUUACUCCAGACUAAGCCUUGUUGUGACAUUACUCCAGACUAAGCCUUGUUGUGAUGCUUUGUUUUCUUUUGUUUUCUUCUUCUUUGGUGCCAUGCUGGGAUAAUUAGAGAUGACUUGGGCCAUAAAUGGAAUUGCAUCUUUUUUGUCCAUGUUUAGGUCUGCCAUCUCUUUUCUUAAGGUAUUUUGUUUAUGUUUAAGGUUAUAGAUAUCUUCUGUAAGGUGAAAGGGGGGGGUUAACUAUAUAUAUAUAUAUAUAUAUAUAGAUAUAUAUAUAUAUAUAUAUAUAUAGAUAUAUAUAUAUAUAUAUAUAUAUAUAUAUAUAUAUGAAACAAAGAUUAUGUUGAUUUAAGAGUACGUCUCUAAAUAAUUAUGUUGAAAAAGCCAUUGCACACGUUUGACCCAGAACUGGGAACAUCCCAUGCGGAUAAGAGCGUCUGCUAAAGGAUGUAAAUGUCAUGUAAAUGUUUCAAUCUCCUCAGCUAUAAUUGCCACGUGUAUAUGCAGAGAGUUCAUUGUAGUCUCCAUCAAACGAGAAGCUUCUUAUUAUGGGAUGUUCUACAGUAAAUAAAGUUACGUCUCUUAAACCUUA